UCAGUCAUUUCGGUAUAGCAGUUAUCUUGGAAAGAGAAGCAAAAUGAAAAUUUUGUAGCAUGUGCAAUUAAUUGAAGAAAAAAAAUAAAUAACAAAUUACGUCAGUCUUUUAGAGGAAAACUAAUUUGGAAAAGAAGACAAUUUUCUUUUGUUUUGAUGUACUAAUGAGAACUGUUUCCAAGCAACUGCCAAAUUUUGUAUUCAUGCAUGGAUUACAGGUGGAAAAUUCAACGUGUGGUCUCACAAAUUCACUUACUUCAAUCCACCAGUUUAUCUCUGCAACUCCCUCUUGUAGAACCCCAAAAAUCCCAGCUUUCAAGACACCACAGCAGAUUCAAAAAACCCAACAAGCUUAUCAACAUAGAUGAUAGAAAGGAUAGGAUUGUCGAUGGAGAAGGUGAAGGAGAAUGGAACCAUGAACAAUUAUGAAGUGGAGACGCCCAAAAAUAUAACCAUCAAAGGAAUUCUAAGUUUGCUGAUGCAAAGUAUUGAAGAGAAAGAUGGUAGGAGUGUGAUUUCUCUGGGCAUGGGUGACCCUUCUGCUUAUUCUUGCUUCCACACAACACCCACUGCUCAACAAGCUGUUGCUGAUGCUCUUCUCUCUGAUAAGUUCAAUGGCUAUUCCCCUACUGUUGGCCUUCCUCAAACUAGAAAGGCGAUUGCUGAUUACCUAUCGCGUGAUCUUCCUUACAAGUUGUCAUCUGAUGAUGUUUUUAUCACAUCUGGUUGUACACAAGCCAUUGAUGUUGCUUUGACAAUGCUUGCUCGUCCGGGUGCGAAUAUCUUACUUCCAAGGCCAUGCUUCCCUAUUUAUGAACUUUGUGCUGCAUUCAGGGGUCUCGAAGUUCGACACUUUGAUCUUCUUCCGGAGAAAGGUUGGGAGGUUGAUCUUGAUGCAAUUGAAGUUCUUGCAGAUCAGAAUACUGUAGCAUUGGUCAUUAUAAACCCGGGGAAUCCUUGUGGGAAUGUAUACUCUUAUCAACAUUUGAAAGAGAUUGCAGAGACAGCAGAAAAGCUUAAAAUUCUUGUUAUUGCUGAUGAAGUUUAUGGACAUCUUGCUUUUGGGAAUAAUCCAUUUGUGCCAAUGGGAGUUUUUGGAUCCAUUGUUCCUAUUCUCACACUUGGUUCUCUAUCAAAGAGAUGGAUUGUGCCCGGUUGGCGACUUGGCUGGUUUGUGACGACUGACCCUUCAGGCAUGUUUAGAAAGCCAAAGGUUGUUGAGCGUAUUAAGAAGUAUUUUGAUAUUUUGGGAGGACCAGCGACCUUCAUCCAGGCAGCAGUACCUUGCAUUCUUGAGCAAACGGAUGAAGCUUUUUUCAAGAGAACCAUCAAUAUACUGAAGCAAGCAUCGGAGAUUUGUUAUGAUAGGACAAAGGAGAUCCCUUGCAUCACUUGUCCACACAAGCCUCAGGGAUCUAUGGCUGUUAUGAUGAAACUGAACCUUUCACUAUUGGAAGAUAUAUAUGAUGAUAUUGAUUUCUGCUUCAAAUUGGCCAAAGAAGAAUCUGUUAUUAUUCUUCCAGGAACGGCGGUGGGGCUUAAAGAUUGGCUUCGCAUAACUUUUGCAGCUGAUCCAGCUUCGCUCGAAGAAGCUUUAGGGAGGGUAAAAUCUUUCUGUCAAAGGCACACCAAGUAUAUACGCUAAACUACAAAGUCAGGCAGUGGCCAGAGCAAGCUACAGUGAUUACAUGAUAGAUUCUUCCUAGUUGUGAAGCAAUUGAAACUUGAAAAAGGAUUAAAUGCAAUUUAUUAAUGGCCAUUUUGUUAAAUUUCUAAACAAAAACAGACCUUAAAGUAUCUGUACCAGUGAAAGACAUGAACUUAAUCGGAGUUCAAUGCAUACAAGUCCAAGUUACAUAUAGAUGAUAAGUUUUACCAUUUGAAGAUCUUACUGAUCAAAAGAUCUUUCAUUUGUUUCAUGGGAAUGCAAAUUUCUUAGAGGUCAAUGAAUUCUAUUCAAUUUAAGAUUUCUCUCCCUUUUUCUUUUUGUUUAA